GCAGUGUCGCUCCGUCCCGCGCGCAGACCGGUCCGCAAUGCCGCUCUGACACCUCGCGCCAGCUGUCAAACUCGCCGUCAACAACUGUCAAACUUGAACGAACUGUCAAAGUGCUAAAACAUGUGGCUCGUGUGGAGUUGUCUUUUCGCCAGCGCGCUGCUGGUUCCAGCGCGGGCACAGGAUGCAGACGAAAACAGCGAAUUCUCGCCGGUCGUGAACGCGACGUGCAAGACCGGCAUCAUGUCUAUCAGGAUUACGUUCAACCAGCCUUUCAAUGGUGUCGUGCAUUCCAAAGAAUUUAGAUCACCGGCAUGUAAAAUGCAAGGCAACGGAACGAAUACUGUAACGCUUGAUAUCAACAUGAUGGCUCCGAAAGGCUCACCGGACUACUGCGGAGUUUUAUGGAAUAAUCGAACUGAAGAAAGAUCAUUGCCUCUAGCUGUGCGUGUGCAUAGGACAUUAGAGUUAGCUGAUGAUAAAAUGUUCUUCAUCACUUGUGGAAAAGCUGGUUUCAGGAAUUCAAGAAACGAGACUUCCCUUGUAUCGCUUCGUAUGCUCAAUCAAGAUGGGCGCAAAGUGACGAACGUAGCUUUUACCUUACCGUACACACUUCGAGCUGAAUUAAGUAAAUCUGACGGAACGCACGGGAUCAGAAUGAAGAAUUGCUUCGCAUUCAACAUGCGUAAUAAUACAGUGGAUCUCCUAGACAGCAGGGGAUGUCCACUGAAGCAGGAAUCGGUGGUGGUGAAGUCGCAAAACGGCGCGACGGAGCUGGCGAUAGCGUCCAUGUUCCGUUUCCCGGACUCCUCGCAAGUCAACUUUCAGUGCGAUAUUGCUAUUUGCAAAGGUAGCUGCGCACCAGUAGACUGCUCGGCCGACGCGCGUGGCGAGCCGAACGACGAGGAGGCCCUCGUCACUUCCUCCACGGGAAUAUUCGUCUUUGACCCGAAUGAUAAUGCAGUUCUAAAGUGCGCGGAGACGGGCAUCAGGCCGCUGUGGCUGCUGUACCUGGCCAUCGCGCUGGGCGUCAUGUUCCUGGUGAUGCUGCUCAUCAACUGCUUCCUCUGCACCGCCAUGACCUGCUCCUGCGCCCGGACUGACGUUAUCGAGAAAGACCCAUCAGUUGUGGAAGACUACGACCCUUACCGUAGCUGGCACGGCAGUCAGUACGGAAGCAGGUACCCAUCUUCAACCAUUCAUUCAGCGAGAUCGGUUUCCGACAAUAGUGACCAUUACGCGAUAGUGCAGUCUCGGCCAGGCAGCCGCCACUCGGGCAUGCACCGCGCCAGGCACUAAGCUAAACGAACUACCACAACUAAUAGAACUAGAAAAAAAGAAAAAGGAUAAAUACAAAACCAAUAAUCUGGGGUUUCGCCACCUUUUUGGAUGGGAAACUACUCGAUCUUAUUUUUAAUUCCCUGCAACAUUCAGCAAAUAUUUUAAAAACAAAAGAUGUCACUCUGAUAUUGCUCUAAUGUGUGCAGAAAUUACAAGAAUAAGUAGGUAAUAGUGUUUUGAUAGUAAUAACUUUACAAUAUACACUAUAUUCCUUAAUGUUACCUGUAAAAUAUCUCGUUACAAUUUUGAAAUGAAUUUAACUUGUGCCAUCCAUGUGUGUACCUUGUGAGACCGUAGAGUCUUAUGCCUAUGAACGUUUGAAAGAAAUUCAAACGAAAUCUGAACGAUGCAACGAAUCCGUCCCUUUUAAUAGUAAAUGUAAGUACUUAUAAAUAAAAUGUGAUAGUCGGCUUGAAAAUUAUCAUCCUCUUAUAUUAAUUUGAAAACGUUGACCUCGGAAAGGGGGUAGAUUAUCUUUUUUAUCGUAGAAAAAAGCCGGCUAACCACCUAAAUAGCGUAGUAAAAUUUCAAAUAAUAAAUUGAUAAGAGUAACAUAGAAAUGCAGUCGAUUAUGACUUAAUUUAUGUUUGUAAUAAUAAAAUAAUAAAAACUGAUUACGAGUAAUACAAUCGUGUUGCUGAAUACGUAUUUCCGUAGAGAUGUUUACUGGCAUCGUUAAUUUAGUUAAUUUGUUUUUUCUUCCUUUUAUUAACGGCCAGUUUAAAUUUUAUCAACUGUAGAGUGAGAAGAAAACAUUUUUUGUCGAAUUUCAAACUGCGAGUAUAGUAUAGAGAAAAAAACAUAAAUAGGUACGUUGAUAUAGAAAUUCAACCAAAAUAAUAUGUUUUUAGUUAGUUUUCCCUAUCUUUCUUUUUCAAAGUAUCUAUAGGUUCCAUACGUUUAUAAUUUAAAUUAAGAGUAUCACUUUGAUCACCAACGCGAAAAUUCGCCUACUUAAAUAAAAAGGUUUAACUAACAUAUUGAAUAAAUAAAAGGUUCUGUUUUGAAUUGUCUCAACCACCCUUAACAUUCAGCCGAAUUAUUGCUUGGUGAUCGAAAAUGUUAAAACCCUACAAUUAAGUAUCCUAAUUACUACUUAGUAGUUACUAUUAUAAAAUGUACCACAUCAUCUUAACUGUGAAUAAUAUGUAAUUAUAAUGUUACUUUGGAGUGACGUUUAGUUAAGAACGUGUGUUGAUUUGUAAAAAUAAUUAAUAAGUGAGUGAGUGUUUAGUAAUGUAUUAUAAUAGUAGUAGCUAUUGACCGUUAACUGGUUUCUAUAAAAGUAUUUUGAUUAUUUUGAAAAUGUAUGCAAAAGAAUCUCUUGUUGACCAAAUCGUAUUAAGUCUUAGACAUGAAACGAAACUGAAUUGAACUAUUUAUUAGUAAGAUCAAGCCUCUCACAUGCAAGUUGUGAUUAUGAAAUUAAUAAAUAUUUUACUAAAACAUUA